AGCCGAACAUGAAAUACUAACCUCGAAACCCAGUUCCCCAACAAUGGCCCGCUGCUCAGCCGCAAAGGCAUCCAAGAACCCGCUUACAAACUUCGACGCCCCAGGCGAGCCCCAACCACAAGUCGGCUACGGCACACAGAGCCAGAGCGCCCUCGCUUCAGCAUAAAGAUCUUUUCUUUCUCUAAACCGCGGAAGGAAAAAUUGGUGGAAGGGGGCUCCUAAUAGGUCCCGUUUGCUUGUAAAUUCUAGAGAUGAUGCGGACGGGGCAGUAAGUGGGAAUGAUGCCCCUCUAAGAAUAGAGCGAGAUAUGAAAGCAUGGAAAGGGAGGCGAAGGAAAGGCAGAGGAGAGGAAGAAGAGCAUGAAAUUCAAACCGUCCCUGUACUGUACAUAGGCACACACCGUUAUUGGGUUAAGACACACUUUUUUUUGAACAACAAUGAUCAUUUCCAACGAAAAGUUAUCACACGUGAAGAACGUUCACGCACACGCAUGGAACGAACGUACAGGGUUAAUCAACAGGAUAGCGAGACGGUCUCACUCGUGUAUUGUAUAUUGUCUUCCAGACCCAGACCGAACAGCCAGCCAGCGUAUGUGUACAUCCAUCGUCAAAAGAUCAAUCGUUCAAAGCAUCUUAGAUGGUCGGCGACGACGACAAUGGAUAUCUUUGUUCUUUAUCUUAUCUCAUGUACUUCAUGUACUUCAUCCACCCCACCCCAUCUCGCCUCAUGCCCUCUCCGAAGUAAGCAAAAAGCCAAACAGAAAAAACGCCGGGAUAUAUAAUGCCCUCUAAAUAAUAUGAUAUAUCUCUAAUCUUUCUCUCUCCUUGUCUUCUGUCUCUUUGAAUGUCAAUAGAAAACACUCGGAGCGUUAUCUAAACAAAUGUGCCCUCGUAAGGUAUGUGCCAUCGACCGCGACUUUCCGUUGAAAAUACGUGAC